AUUUCUCUUCAGUAAAGCAGUGUGCUGCGAGUAUAUCACUAAAAAGUGUGGUGUUACACAUCGUUCGUAUAUUAAUAUUUAAAUAGUAAUUAGUCUAAGUACAGCUGUGAUUGUAUAAAAAUGACUUAUUUUGUACCGUUUGAAGUUUAAUAACCCAUUAGUUUCAUCAUAAGUAUUUAGCGUCAAGUAAUAAUAAAUAUAAGAUAUAAUGUCAUAUCCUGGACAACCACCUCUGGGGAUCCCGGGUAUGCCUCCAAUGCCAUAUAUGGUUGGAGCACCUCCUCCAAUUAUUGGAGGUGUCAUGCCAAUGCCACAUAUGAUUCCAACACCUGUAUCUGCAAUGCAGACUUCCGCACCAGCAGUUCGAUACACACGGAAUCAACCACGACCAGAAGCUCCAAAACGUAGAGAACGUGAAUCUGGUCCUCCGGUUACUGUCUUCGUUGGUAAUAUAAUGGAUCGUGCACCAGAUGUUAUGAUUAGACAUAUCCUUGGUGCAUGUGGACAUGUUUUAUCAUGGAAAAGAGUACAAGCUUUCGGAUUUUGUGAAUAUGCUGGACCAGAUGCUGGUCUUCGUGCUGUAAGAUUACUCCAUGAUAUGGAAAUAGGUACAAAACGACUGGUUGUUAAAGUUGAUGCUAAAACAAGAGUUGUUUUGGAUCAAUUUAAAGCUGAAAGAAGAAAGAAAUUAAAAGGUGGACAAUCACCAUUACAAGAUGAAACCCCGAAUGAAGGAGGGGAUGGUGAUGAUCUUGAUGAUUAUAUGGAUGAAGGAAUGCGAGUUGUUGAUCAAGAUGCAUUAACGCGAAUUUCACAAAUCAUAUCGGAACAUGCAGCUGAUUUAGAGACUGCUCAAGCUGCCCCAGACGCAAGGAAGUCAGCGACAGAAGAUCAUCAAUCAAAAUUGACCAACAAAACAUUAAACCUUGAUGAUGCCGAAAUUGAGGAAAGUAAGAGGGAUUUAAUCACUCGUGAAAUUGGCAAGUUCAGGGAAGUUAUGAAGAAACAAGAGGAGGAAAAGGCGCAGGUUAAACGUAAAAAGGAAGCUGUUGAAAAGGAAGAACGUGAAAAACGGGAAAGAGAAAGAAAGGAUAGGAGAGAUGAUGAUAUAAGAGAUGAUCAAGAUGGUGAUUUUGGCAGCCCUAUGUCCCAUAAAGGUCACAGCGAUAGGAGAGACAAACGAAGGUCGAAAUCAAGAUCGAAAGAACGUGAUAGAGAUCGUGAUAGAUCGAGAAAUGAUCGGGAUCGAGAUAGGGAGCGUGAAAGAGAACGAGAUCGUGAGAGAGAUCGAGAAAGGGAACGAGAACGUGAGAGAGAACGUGAUCGUGAACGUGAUAGAGAAAGAGAACGUGAACGAGAGCGAGAACGGGAAAGAGAAGAAGCUAGAAAAACUGAACGAGAGAUAAUGCGUGAACGGGAAGAAGAAGAGGAAGCUAAAGAACGGAAGAAAAAUGAAAGAAGAGCAAGAGAAAAGGAAGCUGCUUAUCAAGAACGAUUAAGAGCUUGGGAAAUUAGGGAACGUCGGAAGCAAAAGGAAUACGAAAAAGAACUUGAAAAGAAGAGAGCAAAGCGGGAAGCUCGAGAAAAAGAAGCUACACGUUUGAAAGAAUUUUUAGAAGAUUAUGAUGAUGAUCGAGAUGAUGCCAAGUAUUACAAGGGUAAAGAAUUGUCUCGACGACUUGAAGAACGAGCAAUAGAAGCUGAAGCUGAUUCUAGAGAUCGAUGUGCUGAGCGUCAAGAACUUCAGCGUUUACGUGACAAACUUUAUGCGGAUGCUUCUCAUCCAGAUCCAGCUGCAGAGUUUGAACGACUGAAAGCUGAACGUGAGGAGCAAUAUAAACCUAAACCAAUAAUUACGAUUAUUGAUGAAGAAGACGAAAAAAUUGAAAAAGAAAAGAUAGUUCAAAUGCCACCUAUUGAAACUGAACCUAUAGAGAGUGAUAGUGAUGACGAUGUGCAAUUUGAAGAUGCACCACCACAACCAGAACCAUCACGAACACCACCCAGACAUCAUCAUCAUCAUCGGCGGCAUCACCGUCAUCAUCAAAAUCAUCAUCGUGAUUCCGAGAGCAUGAGUGGGUCUGUCGAUGAGACACGAGAUAGUUUGAAAGAUAAACAUACUUCCUCACCGUCUAUUCAAAAUGCCUCUACACCAGCACAAUCACUUCCAACUCAAGAUGAAGAUUCACGAAUGUCAUUAGUUAGUGAACCGGAGAAAACUAGUGGUAGUAAUUUUGUACCAUUUGCCAUGGGAGGUGGUGGUAACCGAAAUUCAGACCAUCUAGUUGGUAAUAAAACUCCCGCUAGUCCAAAUACAGGUCUUAAUUCUCAACAAACAGGACAAGUAAAGAAAAAAAGUCGUAUGGAUGUUAAAGAUGUCUUUAAUAAUGAUGACGAUGAUGAUGCAGCCAAUAAUAUGAAAAAACGUAAACUCGUUCCAUUAGAUUACGGCGAUGAAAAGAAGAAAAAAGGUACUGGAGAUACAAUUAAUGCAGUAGGUAAAGAAGAAAGUACAAAGAGUCAAGAGGAAAAACGAAAGCAUAUAAAAUCACUUAUAGACAAAAUACCUACGGAUAAAACUGCUUUGUUUGGUUAUCAACUUGAUUGGGCAGUAAUAGACAAUGCUCUUAUGGAGAAAAGAAUACGACCGUGGAUCAAUAAAAAAAUAAUCGAAUACAUUGGAGAACCUGAGCCAACAUUAGUGGAUUUUAUUUGCAGCAAAGUAAUGGCUGGUAGCUCACCACAGGGUAUUCUCGAUGAUGUACAAAUGGUAUUGGAUGAAGAAGCAGAAGUAUUUGUUGUGAAAAUGUGGAGGUUAUUAAUAUAUGAAGUGGAAGCGAAAAAAAUGGGUUUAGUUAAAUGAAUCAUGAAUUAAAUAAGUGAACGAAUAAAAAAGAGAAUGCAGAUAAGUUACAAUUUAUAAUAAAUGAAUUUUUUCUGGUACGAUGUAUUGUUUAGAUUAUACAUAGAGUAAAUACGAAUUACAUACA